CCGGCGCCGGUGCCAGUUGGCGGAAAGAUCACCGCAGACUUCCGGCAGCCUCAUCGAGCUCGAUAUCCGUUGCGCCUCUGGACGACGGCGCUCGAGAUUUCUCUCGAGAUUGCGCCUCGUGUUCUGAUUCCUCGAGGAGGAGGACGUGCACAAGGCAAGGCAAGGACGCGCCCUCGCCUUCUUCGCCGGGAGCUUGGAGUAAUUCGAAUGUGGAUGUCGGUCUGCAGGGCGGGGAAAGGGUAGGGCUGGCUGAGCAGGGCGGUGGCUGUUCUCGAAUCGCCUCGGAAAUCGGCUCGGCAUCGCGUUUGGGUUGGAAUCAGCGCCUAGACUUUUCUUUGAUGAUUUCGGCGUAGUGACCACCGCUGCGUGGACAUUCGAGGUUUGAGAGGUUUGUUUGGAUCGUUUUCUUUUAGGAGCCUCUGAGGAUUGCAGGCGCACAGUCCCAAUGGCGGCAUUGGCCAAAGGUUUGGUAGUCUUGCCCACGGCAAGCCCAAUCGCGCGCAGGCCGCGGGGUCGGCGUGGGGUUCGCUCUUCGUUUUUCUCCUCGCCGGGGUUUCGGCCAGCUGCGGGGGUAAUUCUGGAGUGCAAUAGCUCUGGGAGACGUAGAUUGCGCCGAAGUUGGUCGGUUUCAGCUAGCGUAGAACAAUUCGCCUCGGAUGACUUCCAGGUGGAGCGCCUGCUCUCAACUUAUGGUUACAUGAAUGUUUCCAGCUAUUCGGGUCCUCCAACUGGAAGCGUGCUGGGAGUGCCAGGCUUCGACAAUUUCGCCGCUGGUCUGGAUAGGCGAGACAUGACUCAGAUGAGUGGCCUGGAGAUGGGUGAGGGGGCUGUCCAGACAAGAAUAUAUACUGGCAGAAUAGCCCGUGGUGAACGAAUGGGAACUCGGGUGCUAUUGAAGGCUUAUCCCUUUACGUCACGGGGCUCCGAGGUUGAUAUGAUGGCAGUAAAUGAACUCAUUUCUCAUGCGGUUCUUCAGGAAGCUGCCGAUGGAAAUCCUCCAAAUAUUUCAUACAUGUAUGGCGGGUUCCAAACUCGCACAGGCGAGCAGUGGUUAGUUUUCCGGGAUAGUGGACAAAUUACAGGGGCAGAUUAUGCCAAGGCUGCAAGCCAGGCUACAAGCAAGGGUGAGGCAGUUGGGCAAUGGGAUUUCUUCGACCGUUUUGACCCCGAGAGACCUAUCCUUCGAAGGAAAAUAUACAUCACGAAGCUGCUAAGGGGAGUUUUCAAUGGACUGGCUUUCAUGCACUCAAAUGGUCGUCUGCACCAAAGCUUGGGCCCUGCUUCCAUCAUUCUCAACACGAUGGAGGAGAGGGACGUCCGAUACCUGGAACCCCAAUUACGAGAUCUGGCUUUCGCUGCGGACGUAAGCGAGCAGGCUAUAGCUGGGACAAACUCUUUGAGUGAUUCUUGGGAACGACGCGGCAGUACUUCAGACCUCCAGGAUGUAUCAACAGAGUCACCAACAGCUGCCUUAUCAGCCGGCUUGUGGAGGAGGGCAACUUCUGCUGGCGCUCGAACUCCUUUUGAAAGGAUCGCAUUCGGCAUAUCAGAUGACAUCUACGCAGGUGGUCUCCUGUUGGCAUACAUGGUCUUUGUUCCUCUAUGUGAACCUGGAAGCAUUGACGGACCUUCACUUCAGAGGUUGUUCGAGAAUACAUUCCGCCUGGAUGUUAUGGCCGCUAGAGAGUACUGUGCUGCAGAUGAGCGAUGGGAUGAGGCUGUCAAGUUUAUGGAUUUGGACGAUGGAGCCGGAUGGCAGUUACUACAGGCUAUGCUGAAUCCAAACUACAGGAUGCGACCUACAGCAGAAGCUGUUUUGAAUCAUCGAUUCAUGACAGGCGAUGUUUUAGGUUAAUGAGUUGUGCUGAGCAAGGCACAGCUACAUGCAUCUUCUGUCUAUAUGUACGCUAUACGUUGUAACGAUAUGAAAUAAUUCAAAAGUUCCUUAUUUCUCGUCUUGA